AUGACCAGAGCCACAGAUGAGGUCACCGGCGAUGGCGCGCCAGCGCCGACGCCGACAGUGCCCGUUGCCAGUCGCGAAAGGACCGGCAUGGCCGACGACACAGAGGAGAUGAGCACCGCCGUGGCCCACGAAAGGGGAAGCGGCAACAACACCGACGCUGAUGCGCCGGCGACCGGGGGAACCGCCGCAGAGCUGAUGACGCUCUUGCGGGGCGUAGCGGGCCAGCAGGAAGCGGCUUGA